AUGGCAUCGGCUGGCGGUUUACAACGAAGGCGCAAUGCCGCUGGUCUAAAUUCAUCAGGGUCAUCAUCAAACGAGACAUUUUUACCCACAAAUAACAAUAGUAAUGGCAUCACAACCAACACCAUAGAUCGAAACAUAAUAUCUGAGAAUGGAGUGAAGAUUGCAGUUGAUCCAAAGGAUUCGCUGGACGACCAAGAUAGACGACAACCGAAACUCACACUCAUGGAGGAAGUUCUGUUACUGGGGCUGAAGGAUAAACAGGGCUAUCUCUCUUUCUGGAAUGAUAACAUCUCGUACACACUCAGAGGCUGUAUUCUUAUUGAAUUGGCGUUUAGAGGUCGAAUAGCCAUGGUUAAAGAUCCGGGUCGUCGUAGAAGUCCGCUUUCGGAACGAGAGAUUGAGGUAUUGGAUGAUAAAUUGACCGGUGAGGUUUUGCUGGACGAGGCAUUAAAAAUGAUGAAAACAAGUGACAAAAUGAGUGUGGGAAGUUGGAUCGAUUUAAUGAGUGGAGAAACAUGGAACGUCAUGAAAAUAGGAUAUCAAUUAAAACAAGUGCGAGAACGUCUCGCUAAAGGAUUAGUAGACAAAGGCAUUCUACGAACGGAGAAACGCAAUUUUCUUCUUUUCGACAUGGCCACACAUCCAGUCAGUGACUUUUCAGCAAAAGAAGAGAUUGUGAAACGUUUAACCACAACACUAACCACGCACUCAUCAGCUACCGCUUCUUCCGACCCCGACAUACCGUUCAGUCGAUUACGCACCAUAUCAAUGGUGUGUGCGGCAUAUGCAGCAAAUGUUCUCGAUAAUGCUCUGAUUCUCUUAUCUCACGAACAUCGGGAGAAAGCCUACGGAAAAGUGGAUGAAUUGUUGAGUGAUUAUUCGACUUGGCCGUUUGCGGCGAACGCACGCAUCGAGUUUCCCGAAGGAAAGGAUUUGCAGAUCGAAGUCGUGGCAGCGGUAUUGAAUGUCUUUACAAAGAUGGAUAGUAUUUUGUAG